UAGCCCAGAUAGUCACGCAGAGGCCCACACUUCAUUUUCCCGCCAUUUCUCGCUCCCCAAACACCCAGAGCACUCUCAGAACGUAGCAGAAAGAGCUAGCUUCUCUUCUUUCGCUCGGUGACUCCAUCACUCGUCGCUGUCGGAGUGUCGGGAUUGGGGCUCCGGUCCCAAAAUCAGCGAUGGUCACUUCGAGGGAUGUGCAAGAAAUUGUCUCGAAGCUCUCAUCCGAUAAAGCAAAAGCUCGCGAAGAAGGGAUAAGGUUGUUGAAUACGUGGUUGGAUGGAGAAGGAUCGGUUGCCUUUUGUAAAUUUCUUGGUCAGAACUCUGCAAGGCUAAGACCUGAUGAAAUUCCUCAUUCUGAAACAUGGCCUUUUCUCGUUACUUUGCUGAUUCAAUGUGCAUCCUCGGAAAUAUCCUCAAGCAAGCGACGGUUGCCAAAAUUGAUAUAUGCCAAGACUCUUCGAAUUGUUGUGCAACGAGCUGAAGAUGCUAAAUUUUCGGGAAAAAUGUUGACUUUGUUAUCUGCUAUCAAAUUGCUUUUCAAUCACAUAUGGGAUGUUUUAAGCAAUGCUCCAAGCUUUCAGUCGGAGUAUUCAAUAAUUCUCCGGGAUCUUUUGGCAAUUAGAGAUUAUCGUUUUCACAUGAGAAGGCGCAUAUAUUGCAGCUUGGUGCUUCUUUACAUGGAGAAGUUGAAAGCAAGCUUUAGUGGGAAAGACAAUGAAUAUAAUCCCAAAGAGGAGGUGUUUCGAUGCGUCCUUACUCUCCAUUCACUUCUGGAAAAUCCUCCUGGUGAUUUCCCUGAUAAUUUUAGGGAAGAUAUUGUUAAGGGGUUUGUUGGGAUUUUCUCUUUCAUAAGGGAUGAGGGAAAGAUUUCACGCAAGCUUAUUGAAUGUAUAAAUACUUUCUUGUUAAAGGAUGGCCCAAACUUGGGCUGCCAGUCCUUGGAAAUUCAUAAUGCCGUUCAGCAAUUUGUAAUCCGUUGUUGGUUAACAACCCAUGAUCGAAUGCUUAAGGAUGCACUUAUUCUCUACGCAAGGUUACAACUAAAUUUAACUAGAGGUGGUGCUGAUGGGAAUUCUUUGGUACAACAACUUUUGGAUGUAGUUUGGAAGGAUCUAGAUGAAAGCAAUAUAUCCAGCACUGGCGUGCCUUGGAGUGAUUCAACUAAAGAUGAUAAGCUUGGGACUCUAAGUAGUUCACAGUGUCGUUUAGUGGAACUUGCAGCUGUUGUAUUUUAUCGGGCAUGUGUUGACACAAGCAAAGGACCAUCGACUGAAAAACGGAUCAAGAGGGAGCAUGUUUCUGUCCAUCUAAGAGAAGCUCUUGUGAAAGGGAAAUGGCUAUGGAAUGCUGCAUUCUGUUGUCUCAUUCGCAACUACCACACCAGCAUUUGUAAAGAUGUUUUUGUCUACUGGUUUGAGGGCUUAUGUUCAAGCUUUGAAAGAAUUUUGAAUGAUGCAAACAUGGGUCAUGCUUAUGAUGGUUUGCUGUGGACUCUGCGGAGUUUGCAGGAACUCUCUUCUCUAUUGCUGGUUCCAGAUUCGAAUGGGGAGACUUCAUCAAGGUCAUCUUCUACUUUGAAUGAGUUUGACUCUAGUUGGCAAGUAAUAUGGAGCUGUCUAAUGCAUGGGUUGCCAAUUUUCAGUAAUGUAACUGCAGUUGUUGAUGCUACUUUGGUGCUUCUUGGUAACAUAAUCUCAUAUGAUCUAAUAAAUACAUAUGUUGUACCUCAAGAUGUAUGGGAUCUUAGUUUAUUCAAACGAAUGCCGUCCGUGUCUCUUUUGUAUUUCAUUUCUUGUUACUUCUCAAGGAAAGGUUCUCAAGGUGACAUUCGUGACAUUUCACACCUCAGGAAAAGUCUUUUGAGAGCCGUUUUGGGUCAUAUUAAUUGGAAGGAGUCUUCUGUAUUAAAUGAGCGGAUAGUAUUAUUCUUGCCAGCAGCAGUCUAUGCUCUUUGUGCCGGUUCUUCUCCUUUUACACAAUGCUACAAAGGGCUUUCACCAUCUUACUCUUUUGUGGAUGACACUGAAGCCAUGGUAGAUCUGGUGAAGACAGAAGACAUUGAGCAUCGUAGUCAGCAUGAACUGUUUGAGUGCUCUAUUGAAGUUCUUGCGAGAAUUGAUGAUGACUCUGGUGUUGAGGUUUACCCAUCUCAAAGCAUUCAAAGGGUACGUCUUCCACGACAGUUGAGGGAUCAGCUGCUGCAGGAAAUGGAGACUUGUAUUCUUGAAUCUUUUGUAGACAAGGAAAUCGAAAAUAGGACGAUGUCAGAUAUCUUACUUAGAUGUUCACUAUUCUCAAACUUGAUUUAUGGAUCAUAUCUGACAAGGAAAAGCGAAGAAGUUUCACAAUUUAUGUCCAAAAUGGGCAAGUACUUGUUAGAGCUACUGGAUUGUGCUCUUAGCUUCAUUCAAGAAAAUCACAAUGAUUUUCAAUCUCUCGGUUCCUUAGGGUCUGACUCCAUUUUUGGCGGAACAAACUCUCUUGCUGCAUCAUUACAAUGUUUCAUUUGCUGUCCAAUUUUCACGAAAAGGAGAGAAGAAAACAAUCUGGAUGUUUUCCUUUAUGGUUCAUUAGUCCAAUCCAUGGAAAGGCUGUUAAAAGCUCUGGCGAAAGUUUAUGAAGAGCAUUCUAUUGCAAGAAACUUCCAAUCUGAUGUUAGCUUGCAAGACUUAUCUGCAUCUGAUAAUUUUGUACGGGAUUUUCUCGCAUCUGAUAGCAACAAAAGUAGGAUUAUGGACAUGGAGUUGGAUGUGAAUGAGAAUUCCAGCGAUGUGGAAAUUUUAACUGUUGGUGGGAAAAUUGCCACCGGCAUGUCCUUUUCUUCAGAGAAGUGGAAGUUGGGCAUGAUAUCACUUAUUUCAAGUUUUUUCCCAGUUUUACAAGUUGUUACGUGGGAUGUCCUAUUUGAACUCAUGGGCAAAGAAUCUGAUCGGAAGGUGUGCGAAAAAAUUCUAUACAAUCUCUGUCAACACCUCUACUGGCCUUCUUCUGCAAAGGUUACAGAUUUGGUGAAUUUAAUUAAUGACAUGAUUAAGAUGCAAGUGAGUCUUAAGGUCGACUGUGUUAAUAUACUUGCUUCAAUUCAUGGGUUGCUAUCUUCUUUAUUAUCCUUGGACACUGUCAGAAAGGAUAAAUUUGCUCGUCUAUCUCUGAAGGAGGUGGAUUCUGAACAGAGACUGGCACAUCUCGGAGAUCUGGUGAACAAAGUCUCUGUCUUAGAUCUUCUUGACUGGUUUGGUCGUGUUAGGCUGAUUGAUUGCAUCUGUGACUUUGUUUUACUUCAUCCUCAGAUUGGCCAGACGAUGAUUGAAGGGUUGCUUGUGUUGCUCCGAGAUCCCGAUUAUCGAGUUAGAUUCUUCCUCGCUAGGCGGUUGGGUGUUCUUUUUCAAACAUGGGAUGGUCAUGAAGAGCUAUUCCAGGAUAUUUGUUCCAAUUUUGGGGUUGCAUUGGUGCUUUCCUCAAAAGAAAAACUUGUUACUGCACAGGAAGUCCUAGCUGCUGGUCCUCAGCCUCGUCCCUUAAUGGAGACUGUUAUUAUUACUCUUAUGCAUCUUGCUUUGUAUAGUGAGAAAGUGGAGUUGGAGGCUGUAUUUAUGAUCUGCGUGGUUGCUGCUAUUGAUCCUUGUCAGAGGGAAUUGGUCUAUGCAGUACUUCAUAAUCUAUCUCGGCAGCUCAAGUAUACAUCUAUAUUAAAGUACAUGGAAGAACUCAUGGGAUCGAUAAUCUUUUGCUGGGUUGCUUGUGGUGUAAGUUUAGCUGCACUUGUCGAGGUACGUCGACUUUUUGUUUCAGAUGCCGAACCUAGUUAUUUCAUCCAGUAUUUUUGCCAUUGGCUUCUUCCAGCUCUGGUUCUGCACGGAGAUAGGUCUAACCUAUGCUGGGUUGCAAAGGUUGCUUCUCAACCAUUGGCAGUUCUGGUUAAAAGCCAGUUUGUGCCAAUCUUCGCUGUUUGUAUGGCAUUGCAUUGCAGUAAGAGAUCUGGUUGGGAAAAGGGAGCAGUUGUUCUUCAGAGUUUGAUUUUGCAUCUUGCUGAGAUAUCUGAGAAUGAACGUGACAAACUCAUAAAGAAACAUAUGGUAUCGAUUGUCAGCUACAUUCUGUCUCUUGCCUCUUGUGCAUCAGAUCCUCCAGUCCCUUUCUUUUCCAGGGAUACAAUAGCACAUGCGAUUCAAACAGUUGUUGAUGGUUUUUUGGAAAUGGAGGACAAUCCUAUAACUGCUAGUGUUGUUGACAAGAUUAACAUUUUUAGGCCAGAUAGAGUUUUCAUGUUUAUAGUGGAAAUGCAUUAUAAAAUAGCAGCAGCAGUUCAUCAUAGGCAUAAAUGCCAUCGGUUGGCUGGAAUUGAGGUGCUUAUAAAUAUUCUUGGGCACAGAGCUGCUGUUUCAAGCUCUUCCACUUAUCUUUUCAACUUGGUUGGACAAUUCAUUGGUUGCCAUGCUUUACAAGACCAAUGUUGUUGUAUCAUCUCCACAUUGCUAAGUACUUUUAGAAGUAAUCCAUCCAAAGAAAUUGUCAGUGUGCUCGGUGAACAACUUCAGUUUCUGGUGUCAAAGUUGGUGGCAUGUUGCAUUCCAUCUGAAGCUAAUGGAGAACAUUCAGGCAGUAGAUCAUCUCAAGUUUUGUCGUUGCUUCUCCAUCUAACUGUGGACUCUGAUCCGGCUCUUUACGAUUAUAUCAGAGAAUUGGAACCCUUUCCUGAGAUUGAUAUAUUUGAGGGAAUAAGAAAGUUCCAUCAGGAAUUGUGCCAAGCCUACUCUCCUAGAGACCACUUAUUGAAGUUUGUGAAGAGAUCUUUCUACCUUCCACCAAGGUUACUUUUGUGGAGUCUCCAGGCACUGCACAAGAAGUUACUCAUGGACGAAACUUUUCGGAUAGGAAUGAAUGCAGAAGAUCUUGUGACAAAUGGAUAUUGGGAUGAUGACCAUGAGAUUGUGCCUGCAGUCUGGACACUUGUCCGUUUAUGUGGUUCGGAUGACGCUGAUAGUGUUAGAGCAUUGGUGUCUGAUUUCAUUUCUAGGGUUGGUAUUGGGGACCCACAUUGUGUUGUUUUCCAUUUUCCUGGAGAGUCUAGUCACAUGCAUGUUUGCGGACCUAUUAAUCAUGACUCUGCUACAGAACUCAAUUUUCACAUGGUUACUGGCGUAUCUGAAGAACUAUUGAUUGCAGUUUUGAGACUUCUGAAAAAGUACCUGAUGGAUGAUUCUGUUAAGAUAGUUGAUAUGACUUCACAAGCUCUUCGGGGAAUACUUUCAACUGAAAGUGGUCAAAGGGCUUUGAUGUCAUUUGAUUCUUAUGAGAAGUCUCUUAUUGAGGUUCACUCCAAGGGCACUAAUAUCAAGCUAGUGGAAAAGUUCAUUUCAGAUCUGGAAAGGAAGUUCAAAGCUGAAGCAAUUUCUUUGGAGAAAUCCACAUUAUGGGUAACGCAUGGUAAAACUUUUGAGGUGUGGAUUUGUCAGCUUGUAUACUCACUUAUUGGCUAUUGCAAUGAUGUGAUUCUAAGAUUAUGUCAAGAAAUUGUGUUGCUGAAAUCUGAAGUUGCUGAGCUUCUGUUGCCAAGUAUUGUUGUCAAUCUGGCUGGCAGGAAAGAUAUGGAUGUUGAUCUUCACAAAAUUAUCUCGUCGCAGUUGCAGGAACAUAUAUUCACAGGGUCUAACAAGUUGAUCAAAUCAAUUCAAGUCUUCUUAAAUGUCUUUAAUGAACUACGUUUAUGUCACGUUAUGGAAAAGUCUUCUUCUCUACAAACGAAGAGAGAAAGCUCUAAGUGUGCAAAGGCUUCAAGUUAUAGCUCAAAAUCCUGUUCCACAUCCAUGAAGGCUAGAGAUUCAGUUUCUAUGUCAAGUGCUGAGACGACGCCAACUGCUUUAUGGGACAAGGUUUAUUGGCUUUGCAUUGAUUACCUUGUUGUUGCUAAAUCAGCAGUCCUAUGUGGUUCAUAUUUUACAUCUAUGAUGUAUGUUGAGCAUUGGUGUGAAGAGCAUUUCGGCAACCUCACACUUGGGAACCCAGAUUUCUCCCAUAUUGAAGUGUUACCACUUCACAUUGGAAUACUUCUCUCUGCUGUCACUCAAAUCAAUGAACCUGACAGCUUAUACGGGAUCGUCCAGUCGCACAAGUUGCUGUCUCAAAUCAUUACCUUUGAGCACAAGGGGAACUGGAGCAAGGCUCUUGAAUAUUAUGACUUGCAAGUACGAUCAGAUGCCUCAGUGAAAAUGGAUGGUGGUGCCAGAUAUUUGUCACUGGAACAGAUUCAACCCGCAGAUCAUCUCUCAGGGUUCAGAUUGGAAGACGAGAUUACAAAUAGGAACCCUUACAUAGGGUUGAUUAGAUCUUUGCAGCAAGUUGGGUGUAUGCAUGUGCUGGAUCUGUAUUGCCAAGGCUUGACUUCUCGGAACAGUCAGUUUCAGCAUGAUCAGGAAUUCACUGAACUGCAGUAUGAGGCUGCUUGGCGUGCAGGAAACUGGGAUUUCUCCUUACUUUAUGUGGGAACUAAUUCUCCAUCUUCAAGUCAGCAAAUCAAAAGUGACCAUUUCAACGAAAACUUGCACAGUUGCUUGAGGGCAUUGCAGGAGGGAGAUUUUGAUGAAUUCCAUACAAAACUGAAAGAUGCAAAGCAGGAGCUUGUGCUGUCUGUUUCCCGUGCGAGUGAAGAGAGCACCGAAUAUAUCUACUCAACAAUAGUCAAGCUCCAGAUUUUUUAUCAUCUUGGCAUAGCUUGGGAUUUACGUUGGACAACAUCUCCAUAUGAGAGAAUAAAAUACUACGCAGAGAAGAAGAAAGUAUUUUCUGAACCUGUAAUUCCAACCUCAGAGCUGUUGUCGUGGUUGAAUACGAAUUGGGACUCCAUUUUAGAAAGAACACAGCUACAUAUGAAUCUGUUGGAACCAUUUAUAGCAUUCAGGCGAGUUCUGCUUCAAAUCUUAAGCUGUAAAGACAGUACGAUGAAGCAUCUUUUGCAGUCUGCAUCCACUCUUCGUAAGGGCUGUAGGUUUUCUCAGGCAGCUGCGGCUUUGCAUGAGUUUAAGUUCCUCUGUGUUGAAACUGGAGAGCAAUACUCAACUUUGUAUUGGAUUGGAAGGCUUGAAGAAGCAAAGCUUUUGCGUGCCCAAGGUCAGGAUGAGAUGGCCAUCAGCCUUGCAAAAUAUAUCAUACAGAACUACCAGUCAGCUGAAGAAGCUGCAGAUGUAUAUCGCUUGGUUGGAAAGUGGCUGGCAGAAACUCGAUCUAGCAACUCAAGAACUAUUUUAGAGAAGUAUUUGAAACCUGCUGUGUCACUUGCUGAAGAUCAGAAGACUACAAAUAAAAAGUCCAUGGAAAGACGAAGCCUAGCUCAUUUUCACCUCGCACAUUAUGCAGAUGCUCUAUUUAGGACUUAUGAGGAAAGGCUUAACUCUAACGAGUGGCAAGCGGCAAUGCGUUUAAGAAAACACAAGACAAUAGAGUUGGAAGCACUUAUUAGACGUUUAAACAGUUCAUCAAGGGGGGAGAAGAUUGAUUACUCAUAUAAAAUACAAGAUCUGCAAAAGCAACUUACAAUGGACAAGGAAGAGGCUGAAAAAUUGCAGGAUGACAGAGACAAUUUUCUCAGCCUGUCAUUGGAGGGAUAUGAGCGAUGCUUGGUUAUAGGGGACAAAUAUGAUGUGAGAGUGGUAUUUCGACUAGUUUCCUUGUGGUUCAGUCUUUCUUCUAGACAGAAUGUUGUAAAUAGCAUGCUUAGAACAAUUGAUGAGGUUCAAUCUUACAAAUUUAUACCUCUAGUGUAUCAAAUUGCAUCAAGAAUGGGUAGCUCAAAGGACCAUUCAGGGCCUUGUAAUUUUCAGUUUGCUUUGGUUUCUCUGGUGAAGAAAAUGGCAAUUGACCAUCCAUACCAUGCAAUCUUUCAGCUUCUAGCUCUUGCCAAUGGUGACCGUAUCAAGGACAAACAGCAUAGCCGGAACUCAUUUGUUGUUGAUUUGGAUAAAAAAAAUGCAGCAGAGAAACUAUUACAAGAGUUAUUAGCAUAUCAUGGAACUAUUAUACGACAAAUGAAACAAAUGGUGGAGAUCUAUAUUAAACUUGCAGAACUAGAAACGAGGAGAGAGGACACCAAUAAAAGGAUGGCACUACCAAGAGAAAUACGUGGUCUUCAACCGCUGGAACUUGUACCCGUAGUGACGGCUACCUUCCCAGUUGACCGUAGCUGUCAGUAUCGUGAAGGCUCUUUUCCAUACUUCAAAGGUUUAGCAGAUUCUGUUAUGGUAAUGAAUGGCAUUAAUGCUCCAAAAGUGGUUGAAUGCCUUGGUUCUGAUGGUCACAAAUAUCGACAGCUGGCAAAAUCUGGAAAUGAUGAUCUACGACAAGAUGCUGUUAUGGAGCAAUUUUUUGGUUUAGUUAACACCUUUUUGCAGAACCAUCGCGAUACCUGGAAAAGAAGAUUAGGAGUACGCACAUACAAGGUUGUUCCUUUUACUCCAAGUGCUGGUGUUCUAGAAUGGGUUGAUGGCACCCUUCCUCUUGGGGAAUAUCUUAUUGGGAGUACAAGAAAUGGAGGUGCUCAUGGUCGGUAUGGAAUAGGUGACUGGCGAUCUUCCAAGUGCCGAGAGCACAUGACAAAUGAGAAAGACAAGCGCAAGGCAUUUCAAGAAGUUUAUGAGAAAUUCAGGCCUGUCAUGCAUUACUUUUUUUUGGAGAGAUUUUUACAACCAGCUGACUGGUUUGAGAAGAGACUUGCUUAUACACGGAGUGUGGCUGCUAGUUCCAUGGUUGGUUACAUUGUUGGCCUUGGAGAUCGACAUGCCAUGAAUAUUUUAAUUGAUCAAGCCAGUGCUGAAGUUGUUCAUAUAGAUCUUGGCGUUGCCUUUGAGCAAGGGUUGAUGCUUAAGACACCAGAGAGGGUUCCAUUCAGGCUUACAAGAGACAUCAUUGAUGGCAUGGGUGUAACUGGAGUGGAAGGGGUUUUCAGAAGAUGUUGUGAGGAAACUCUUUCUGUUAUGCGGACAAAUAAAGAAGCAUUACUGACAAUUGUUGAAGUUUUUAUACAUGAUCCCCUAUACAAGUGGGCAUUAUCUCCUCUGAAGGCCUUGCAGCGUCAAAAGGAAAUGGAUGACGAUCUGGAAAUCUUUGAAGGCUCACAUGAUGAGUAUGAAGGUAACAAGGAUGCUGCACGUGCACUGAUGCGUGUCAAACAAAAACUAGAUGGAUAUGAAGAUGGUGAAAUGCGAAGUGUACAUGGGCAGGUGCAACAACUGAUACAGGAUGCUAUUGAUCCGGAGCGUUUGUGUCAUAUGUUUCCUGGAUGGGCUUCUUGGAUGUGAUGAAACGGGACGCAGCAGCCACACAUACAUGUUGUGUAUACAUAUAACUACAUAAAUUGUAAAUGACAUGAAUAGAACGACUAAAGCCGUACAAAGGGGUGGCUUUGCUUUUUUUACCCAUUCUUUCCUCUUUAGCCUUUUACCCAUUCCUCUGCGAAGAAGCUGGGCCUCGCUUCUUCAACAAGCACGUCUCCAGCAGCAUCCAAUGACUUCAAUGUUAUUGUAUCUAUUAAAGUACAAUUAUUAUGCAUUUUUACACUUUCUAUAAAUAAUUUUUUUUAUA